AUGAAGGUGGAAGCUCCUAUGGAGAAGCCGCUUGAUGAAGAUCAGAUCGACCUCGACAAAAGCAGCAUGGCCUCCAACGACGCAUCACACGUGGACAUGCCUAGUCCCAGUUUUAAUGGAGCCGGACCCAGACGAUCCACUGCAGGAGAGGAGAUUAGCUCGGCUAGCGUGGUCGGAAGCGAGUCGGACAGCGUUCCUUUGACGAGGGACCGCUUGAUCAGCCGCCUCUCCGAGAUCUCGGAUCGACGUGAGUCAGAUGCGAGCGAAACUGCGCAGUUGGCUUUGCAGGUUAUCAAGAAGUCCCUACGCGAGGACCACCAAUUCCACCUUGCCGAUGAAGGCAACAUGAAAAUCACUUUUGAUCGCCUUCACCGUCUUUACCCUCCCGGCUCGACCGUGUACGGCUUGGACGAUGGCGGGUGGCGGGCGUAUAAAGUCGACAGAGUCAACCGCCCCGGCGGUCUCGAGGCGGAUCUACAUGUGCACGUCUUCUUUCUCGAUUUUGAUGAAACUGGCUUGCGUCUUGUCCCGCACCCUGCAUUGCUGGUUGUCCCGGCGUAUCCGUCGGCGAUGAAGGUUCGAUCCCUCCCAGUGGUACCAGAUUGGUACAUGCAAAGACCCCCUCGUCGCGUGGUCGAUGAUCUGCGCAGCCGUGGGGGCAGAUUCUGGGACUGCGGAGGGAAACCAAAGUGUUUUGCAUAUAAAGGUGAUGCCUGGCCUGGCACGCUGGAUGCUGAGCCCGUAAGAGUGAUGGUCGACUACACGACCCCGAGCAAGCGUCCCCGCAGUGCCGUUGGCGGCCAAGCCCGCCGAUGUGCUGUCUGUCUUGGGGAAGAGUUGCAGCUUGGACCAUUCGGCGCGCGCAGUCGCGAGCACGACAAGGACUUCUGCAUCGGGCCGGGGCAGGUGUCUGAAACCAGCCAACAAUCCGAGGCUACACAGAGUUCGAGUUCGCUCUUCCAGUACUGCCCCUCCAAGGUCUGGGCCUUCUCGUUGGCACACAGGUCCUGGCGCGAGGUGCGCGUCGGGGACCUCCACGAAGUCGUCUAUCCGGAUACCACCGGCACGAAGCUCUACAUAAGAUCCGAAGGACAAGAACUCUUUGAAGCACUCGUGAAGACGCACAUUUCCGCCACUGAAGCUACGCCAUCAAACGGUUCACGCAGACCUCGCAGUUGCAAUGUUCUACUUCAGGGCAGUCCUGGGUCAGGCAAGACGUUCAUCAUGGAACACCUCGCCGACAAGUACCGCGUGCCUCUCUACACGGUCAACUGUGCCAGUCUUGGGACAGAGCCAGACGUCCUGGAGACGCGGCUAGCGGAGGUCCUCCGGAGCGCCGCCAACUGGAAGGUGGUGCUGCUGCUCGACGACGCGACCGUCUUUCUCUACGAUGAUGUCAACUCAGAUCACCGGCUGACCGCCCUCAGAUCGGCCUUCCACUUCCAGCUGACCCGGUCGGAUGCUCUGGUGUUUAUGACGGCCGUCGAGUCCAUGUUGCCGGUCAAGCGGUUCCUGUCCCACGUCAGCGUUGCGCUGCGACUCCAAGGGUUCAGCGACAGGCCGUUUGCCAGGAGCGAACUGUGGGCCAGCGCCAUCCGGUCGCUCAUCGGCGACCCAAAAAUACCUGAGUCCGAUCUCACAGACAUCGUGGAAAAGGUCCUGAAGUCCGGUCUUGCCAAGAACAUGGAUGGGCGUCAAAUCCACGCUUGCGUUCGAGCUGCGAUGGCUCUGGCAAAACAGAACGAUUCCCCCAUCAAGGAGAUGCUGGAGACCCACAUCCUCGAGGUGAUGAGGCUUGCGGACGAUUUCAAGAAGUCUUUCGAUCGGUCGAGCAGGCCCAGCCCUGCGUCGUUCCAAUCGUUGGACAAAUAG